UCUCUCUCUCUCUCUCUCUGGCAGUCUGGUGGAGCCGCACACAAGGAUUAGAGGGUUUGCUGUGAGUGUCUGCUCAAAGAGAAGAAGCCAGAAACAGACAAAAAAUUAUACUCUCUAGAAAAGGAUAGCCUUACUAUUGUGGAUAAGGGAUCUGAUUUUCCUUUUUACACAGGCACUCAUCUUAAUCACGGCAAGCUGAAGCCCUGCUGAGCCUUCACCUGGGUGAGAGAAGAGAUAAACCAAAAGGACUAUAAAGCCUGGACCUCCACACGGGGAGCCAUGUGAGCAGCACUCUCCCUCACACUACAGAGAAGUCCCCCCCUAAAGGAGCAAGGUUUUUUUUCUUUCUCCCCUCUCUCCUGGAACCUCCACUUUCAGGGGACGCUCCAGGCUUUGCGUACCCCAGCAGGAGACGCUCAUCUUUGGGGCACUGGUCAGGGUGUGAGUGCCCCCCUGGUCUGGAGGUUGGCCAGCAGCAGCACUCCAGCACCAUGGAUUACCUGUUUGGGAUUGUAGUGCUGCUGUGCGGGGCGGUGCAGCCUGGAAGAGGUGAUGAGCCCAAGCACAACGUACCCAGGCUAAAGCUCUCAUACAAGGAGAUGUUAGAGUCCAGUAACCUCGUCACGUUCAACGGCUUGGCCAACAGCUCAAGCUACGACACUUUCCUAUUGGACGAGGAGCGAGGGAGACUACUAGUUGGAGCCGAGGACCACAUCUUCUCGUUCGACCUUGUCAACAUCAACAGAGACCACAAACAGAUCGCGUGGCCUGCCACGCCCUCCAAGAGGGACGAAUGCAAGUGGGCCGGGAAAGACUUUGUGAGGGAGUGUAAUAACUUCAUCCGGGUCCUCCAACCCUACAACCAGACACACCUCUACAUCUGUGGCACAGGAGCCUUCCACCCAAUCUGUUCUUUUCUGGAAAUGGGCAAGAGGGCAGAGGACAACAUCUUUCGACUGGCCUCACAUUUCGAGAACGGCCGCGGGAAAAGCCCCUACGACCCCAAAAUGCUCUCGGCCUCUCUUCUGAUCGAUGGAGAGCUGUACUCUGGCACAUCUGCUGAUUUCAUGGGAAGGGACUUUGCUAUUUUCCGUACCCUGGGAGACCAUCAUCCAAUCAGAACGGAGCAACAUGAUUCAAGAUGGCUGAAUGAUCCAAGGUUUGUUGGUGUGAGCUUGAUCCCGGAAAGUGACAACCCUGAAGACGACAAGAUCUUCCUGUUUUUCAAAGAGAACGCCAUGGACGGGGAGCACACUGGCAAGGCAACCAUCGCCAGGAUAGGACAACUGUGUAAGAACGACAUGGGAGGUCACAGGAGUCUGGUGAACAAGUGGACCACUUUCCUCAAGGCUCGGCUAAUGUGUUCAGUGCCAGGGGUCAACGGCAUCGAUACAAACUUUGACGAGCUACAGGACGUGUUCCUCAUGAGCUCCAAGGACCCGAAGAAUCCCGUUAUCUACGCUGUAUUCACCACAUCCAGUAAUAUCUUUAAAGGCUCAGCAGUGUGUAUGUACAAUAUGGCCGACAUCAGGAGGGUGUUCCUGGGUCCAUACGCACACAGAGAUGGACCCAACUACCAGUGGGUGCCUUUCCAAGGGAGGGUGCCUUACCCCCGCCCUGGCACUUGCCCCAGUAAGACAUUCGGAGGAUUCGAUUCCACAAAGGACCUUCCUGAUGAUGUCAUCACCUUCGCCAGGGGUCACCCAGCCAUGUAUAACCCAGUGCAACCAAUUGGUGGGCGUCCCAUCAUGGUGAGGACAGAUGCAGACUACCAGUUCUCCCAACUGGUGGUGGACAGGGUGGAGGCAGAGGACGGCCAGUAUGAUGUCAUGUUCAUUGGGACAGACAUGGGCACCGUGCUGAAGGUGGUGAUGAUCCCUAGAGAGAGCUGGCAUGACCUGGAGGAGGUGGUGCUUGAAGAGAUGACGGUCUUUAGGGAGCCGACUCCCAUCACUGCCAUGGAGCUGUCCACCAAGCAGCAACAGCUGUACCUUGGCUCGGCUCUGGGUGUAUCGCAGAUGUCUCUGCAUCGGUGUGAGGUGUAUGGGAAAGCUUGCGCCGAGUGCUGCCUGGCCAGAGACCCUUACUGCGCGUGGGACGGCACCGAGUGCUCCAGAUACUUUCCUACUGCCAAGAGGCGAACCAGACGACAGGACAUCAGAAAUGGGGACCCUCUCUCCCAGUGUUCAGAUCUACAGCAUCAUGAAGACACAGACGGUUUAGGUGGCAGUGUGGAGGACCGGAGCGUGUACGGCGUGGAGAACAGCAGCAUGUUCCUGGAGUGCAGCCCCAAGUCUCAGAGAGCGCUCAUUUACUGGCAGCUGCAGAAGCCAAACGACGACCGCAAGCAUGAGAUCAAACUGGAUGACCGGGUUCUCAGUACAGACCAGGGCCUCCUCAUCCGCAGUCUGACCCAGUCCGACACCGGCAUCUACCACUGCCAGGCCAUAGAACACGGCUUCAUCCAGCCUCUGUUGCGCCUCAACCUCCAGGUCAUCCCUUCUCAAAAACUAGGUGACAUCUUACCUGGACUUCCCGGGGCAGCAGGUGGGGUCGGCCACUCUCCCAAGCACCGGGUGUGGUAUCGUGACUUCCUUUCUCUCCUGGACCACCCAGACCUCAACAGCGUGGAGGAGUUUUGUGAUCGAGUUUGGAAGAAGGAGCGCAAACAGAAGAAGACAAAAACACCAAACGGGAAUGGUCAGGGUAAGCCUGAAAGUGCAGGAGGUACCAAUGUUGCACUGCGGCCUAAAGCUUCGGCUCCAAACAGCCAGAGGCAACAACAAAGUCCACCACAGAGCAAACCGUGGCUGCAGGCUGGAGGUCCAACAGUGGAAGAGCCUACACGGGGCCAGAACGUUCAGAAAACUCAGCCGAAUCAGGGUUUGUUGAGUGGACAGGCCCCCAAAAACAACCAGAAGACACAGAAUGGUCAAAAUAGGCAGGCCAGCACGGCCAGUUCUCAGGCCCCGGUGGGGGGGCCCAGAGCCAACAGCCAGCAUGCGGCCAAAUGGAGACGGAUGCAGGAAAAUAAGAAGGGACGCAACAGGAGGACCCAUGAGCUCCAGAGACCCCCACGUAGCGUUUGAGAAAAAGCACAAAGAUGCACAGACCAGAUGAACAAUCAGAAGCACAAACCAACGCAUCCAUGCAUAUACACACAAGCACAUUCUAUAGUUUGUGUAACAGUGACCUCGCCAUAGAAAUAGCAGAACAAAAAGCCCAUGAAAAUACACUUUAGGGUAGAAAUAUAUGAACUUCACUCGUGGUAAAACAAUAAAGCUCAUUCAAAAAGUCAUACACAAACACACAUAACCUGUGAAGAGGACAGAGAGGACUGAAAACUGGAAUGCACACUGUAAAUGUGUGAGGAUAUGGCUGGUUGCCUGGGAUACUGCCUGGCAGACACUUCAACCUCCUGUACAUAAGCUACUAAAAUAAGACUGGGACUAAAAUGUGUAGUGAGGUGUUUGUUGGUGAGCAGAUGGACUUUAUAUGCUCAGAGGACAAUUGCAGAGACAUGAAUAGACACAGACGUUCAGGGUUGCAGAACCUGCUGACCUAAGCAUGUAAACUGCAGAAAGAGUACCUGGAGCGGAUUAAAAAAAGUCUUAUUUGAAGAACUGUCUGAGGAGAAAAUACUUUCAACUCAUGCACCCUAAAACGAGGAGAGACAAGGGUUGCAAUUCAACUUGAGGCGCGCUCAUGUUAAAACAAAUAGAAGCAUCAAUACAUGCAAAAUCUGCAGAGAACAACUCUGCAAUUAAAGCAUUGUGCAUGUUGUUGUCAAUCAAUGUUUUAAUAAGCUAGUUAUUUUAUCUAAUUCUAGAGGCUUUUUUUACACCCUUCCUUAAAUAAAAUAAAAAAAUGUUACUUUUUUUUUUUUUUUUUUAUAUUCACUUUUCUUUCCAGACCAGUGCUUCUUUUUAGGGGGCAAAAAAAUUACAAGCAACAUAGUCGUCUCAUUGUGCAUUCUCCCUUCAGCUCUCCAGGAUUCUGUGUAAGUUAUUUCCUUGUUGCUUUUUCUGGGAUUUAUUGAGUCAAGGGUUUAUUGGGUCUGGGCUCGGAUUCCAGUCGUCGGCUAUGCUAAAAAGCCAGUCUGAAAAUAGACUGACACUUAUUUUGUGUACAUAUAUACAACGAACUUAACUCUGUGUAUAUACAGUACAUAUACAGUACAAGAACACCACUUGAUUAUUAUUUAUUGCUCAUUGUUUUGUGAAAGGGUUGCAUUUAUUUUUGAUAUUAUGGUAUUUUUGGCUCAUCAAUAUAUUGGAGAAACAAUGGCAACAGCGACAAUUUGAUGGACCAAGCGGCUGAAUUUAUGUCGAGGAAUCCCUUUUUGGGGAUAAAAGGUUUGAGAGCGAGUACAGGGGUUUGUUUCAUAAACUGAUUCCCCCUAACGAUAAGCACAAUUUUGUCUCUUUUGACUGUCAUAACAGAUGUAUGUAUGUUCUUUUCUCCCAAAUCCAUUCGACUUGUCUUUGUUCUUCCAGUAUGUGUAAAAUAUUCCCCCAACCUGAAAAACAUUAGCUGUGAAUCUCUGUAAGAAAAAGUGGAGAAAAAUGUAGUCUGAAGGAGAAGACACGUUAUACUGCAUGUGAAUGCUACCUACAGUAAGUGCAUCUUUUUAAUCGUCUCUUUACGUGUUUUGUGUGAGAGGUGAAGUUCCCUUAAAAACAAGGUGUGAAUUACUUCUGUCCUUUUGCCAAAACAGUAACAACUCGUGAUACCUUGGCCAAAGCUGUUAAAGAUCCACGCUCCUUAAUGUUCGUCUCCUGCCCAAUUAAUACAAGCGUAAUGUGUCAAUAACGCAAUAAAUUAGAGCAGAUAGUGUCCUUUACCAAAUCUCCAAAGUUUGGUGUGUUCCUGAUUCGGGUCUCUCCCUUCAGUUAGAAAAGUGAGAGAGCUGAAAGUUACGGCUGCUGUAACAACAGUUCUUUCUGGCAUGCAUUCGGUUGUCUAAAUAAACAUCUCCGUUACAAAAAGAAAAGGUCCCUUUGUUCUCAUUUCAGUCAAAAACAUUGUGCACAUGGUAAACUCAGCCUCACAUCUAAGGUGACACAGAGGACUUCAGCUUGAACAAAGUUAUGUUUGCCAGUCCUUUGACAUGAUUCAACUACAAAUAGAGCCUGGUGGAGACUAAUGGAGACUCCCAAAAAAACAUUUUUAGAAUAGUUUUCAUACAAAGGGUCAUUUCACAACAUGUAAGAGUCUAAGCUAUCUAACAGCACUAUAAUGAUGGCUGGACACUGGGAUAAAUGCUAGCGUCAGCAUGCUAAACAAGACAUGCUGAAGUUUAGCAUCAUGUUUACAUUUAUUAAUCUAUAACUUGGUUAAGCACACAAGCAUGCUCUCAUUUACUAAUUCCCAUCACAACUCUACAAUCAAAAGUAAUGAUGCAACCAUUAAGAGUUGCAUGUUACCUACUAUACAGAUGCAUCUACUUAAUAUUGGUCAAUCUAGGAUUUGUCAACAGAAUUACAAGUCAUCUUUAAAUGUGUCAAACAUCCAAUAGAAGUGGAGACAUUUACCUUAAAGAUACAACUCCAAACCUUGUGGUGGGACAAGUGAAGAAAGAGCCAUGAAAGUCUGUACAAAAUGUUUGUCCCAAUCCAUUAAGUUAGGACAGUGGCAUCUUCAUCAUCACAGCAAGUUUUUCUAUUGUACUCAUGAUACAUUUUGGUUUGUGAUAAUACUGAAAAGAGGUGCACUAAAUGGCCAUUUAGUUCAGCUGACAUCAGGAUUCUAGGGUGGAGCAUGCUAGUUACUGUAUUUGUCACGACUAACUGGGAUGCUGUACUAGACAGAACUUAGCCUUGGUAUCUCUGUAGAUGUACAGACAUUUAGCUCAUUCAUUGGCCUGACAGCAUUCACAGCUUUACUGAUAGGGUUGGUCGUGAUUAAGACAACCAAUGUCUCCCCUCAUACCUGGCUUGUUCAGCAGACUUAGUGUCUUAUCUCCAUUAUCUGAAAGCUCAUGUUCUUAUUGUGUCAAAUCACAAGCUUUUAGGUAACAAGACAUUCAUCUCAGUGUAGCCAUAUAUGGUAACAUGCUCCUGACUUCAGCAUCUUCUUGAGGAUAAAUACUAAGCCUGUGAGACGCUCUGACAGAACUGACUUAACAAGACACUGUAUGACAUGUGUGCUGUCUGUGUCAUUCCCCCUCUGGAGUCGUAUAAACAACUUCAACAUAA